AACGGCUGUCCUGCCCAGCCACGCCCCGUGCAUCCGCCAUGCCGCCCCCGUCCCUCCUCUCCCUCCUCCCCGCCGCGUCCGUCUCCCCGCGAAGCCGCCGAGCCGCGCGGAGACCCCCGGCCGCGAGCCGCCUCCCCGUCCGCGGGGCACGAGCUGCCUUGCCGCUCCAUGCCUCGUCUCCUUCCUCCUCAUCAUCAUCCGGCGGAGACGGUGGAGGUGACGAGCUCCACCUCCUCGAGAAGCCGUUCCCUUCCCCCUCCGCCGAUGAGGCUGAGACGGAGGAGGCCGCUCCGGCGCUGUCCCCGGAGGAGGCGCUCGCGCCGUUCCUGAAGUUCUUCCAGGCGAAGAGCACCGAGCCCGACGAGGACGACGAGGACGCCGGCUAUGUGGAGGAAGAUGCCGAGGAGGAGGAGGAGGAGGAGAGAACCAAAGCUGGGGCGGAUGGGCGUAGUUUCAUUUAUUACGACCCCAAGCCUGGGGACCUCGCGGUCGGCGUUGUGGUCGGCGGCGACGGGAGGACGCUGGACGUCGACGUCGGCGCCGGGGGCGAACCAGCGCUGAUGAUGGCCAAGGAGGCGGUGCCUAUGUCGGGGGAGGAGUUUGAGUACUUGGCGUGCGACAUCGCAUCAGAGGAUGCAAUCCAGUUCGCCGACGAAGGGAAGGUGGGAGUCGUGGUCAGCGGUGGGGACAGGCAAGGAGGGGUGAAUGGUGGGAGGAACGGGAAAGGGAGAAGCUCGCCGGUUGUGGGCGUCGGCACGGUGGUGUUCACUGAGGUUCUCGGUCGAACACUUGGCGGGCGUCCGCUGCUGUCCGCGCGCCGGCUAUCCCGGCGCGUCGCGUGGCACAGAGUGAGGCAGAUAAAACAGUUAAAUGUGCCUAUCAAGGUUAAAAUUUUUGAAUGGAAUGGAGGAGGUCUGCUGACAAGAAUUGAGGGGCUUCGGGCAUUCCUUCCUAAACCUGAAAUGAUGACUAGACCAAGGAACUUCGUGGAUCUAAAGAAUCAUGUUGGUAGACAAAUCCAUGUCUGCAUUACAAGGAUUGAUGAAAAGGCUAAUGAAUUAAUAAUUAGUGAAAAGGAAGCAUGGGCAAUGACAUACCUCAGGGAAGGAGCUCUUUUGCAAGGGACAGUCCGCAAAUUGUUCCCAUAUGGUGCACAAAUCACAAUCGGCGAGACUAAUAGAGGUGGUUUGCUGCAUAUCUCAAACAUUACACAUGGCCAGCUGAGAUCCGUUGGUGAUGUGCUAAAAGUGGGCGAGGAAUUGAAAGCUAUCGUGAUUAAAUCAACAACCCCGGGCAGAAUCGCUCUCAGUACCAAGGACCUUGAGAGCGAGCCUGGAUUGUUUCUUUCUAACAAAGAGAAGGUGUUUUCCGAGGCUGAAGAGAUGGCGCAGAGAUACCGAGAUCAAAUUUCAGAGACGCAUAAACCAACCGAGUUUGACUCUUGCGACGACGACACUGCUCCCUUUGACGACGAGGCAGUGUCUUUCGCGAACUGGAGGUGGUUGAGAUUCAGCAAGUCUGACAAAACAAACUUUAACCCUCCUGCUGGAUCGGAGAUUUAGUACAGAGAAAUCUGAAAUUUCUUUUGUUUCUCAAGUCCAUGGCUAAACUGCAGAUGUACGUGAUUUAUUUGAAGAAUAUGUGAUCCAGUGAUCGUUAGUACCAGUUCUUAUGCCACUUCAUCGUUGCCAUGGUUGGCGAGUUGCUUUCAGGUGAUCUAUUUGCAUGGUCGCAUGGAUUCUAUCGGAUCACUUUCAAGAACUGUUGAUGGAGGGGACAAUAUCACAACAUGCACGCAUUUGACU